CCUGUCUUUUUUUGUUCCUCUUCCUCCUUCCUAAAUCCUUUCUUCCUUCCUUCUCCCCUCUCUCUAAUUCUAGAAGGAGAGGAGAGAGAAAAGAAAGGGUUUUGCUUUGUCUUUGCCGUCUUACACAGACACAAAAUUCAUUGUAUUGAUUUUCAGGAUUUCGAUUAAACAAAUCACUUUCUCGAUUUUCUUCUUGAAAAGUCAAACAAUGAGAAGUUGUUCAAAGACUCAGCCUCUUAUCAUUGUUUAAUCUUUUUUCAUAAUAGCCAUCGUUUGAUCUGUUUUUUUUUUUUUUUUUUUUUUUCUCUCUUUUUGUUGCUCCUUUCCCCAUUUCUCUGAAAUCUCCGAGACUUUGAUUCAGUUUUGACGCGGAACCCAUCUUUGUUUUCCUCCUUAUUUAACUGGGUUUCCUUCUGAUUAAGGUUUCCAAAGCUUUUACACACCCAAAAGGAAAUCCAGUUAUUAUGAGUUCGAAUACCGCGUCGAGCUCGAACGAUGCAUCAUCUAAUAGAAGGAAUUCGAAACGACCUAAAUAUUCGAGGUUUACCCAGCAGGAGCUUCCAGCGUGUAAACCUAUUCUCACACCAAGAUGGGUGAUUUCCGCAUUCAUGUUAGUUAGCAUUAUCUUUGUUCCCAUUGGAGUUGCUUCCUUGUUUGCUUCCAGAGAUGUCGUUGAAAUAAUCGAUCGUUAUGAAACUGAGUGUAUACCAGAAAGGUUUAGAAGCGAUAAGGUUGGAUUCAUACAGGGCACUGCAAAUAAAAUUUGCCGCAGAAACAUCACUGUGCCGAAACGUAUGAAGCAACCAAUAUAUGUCUAUUACCAGCUUGACAAUUUCUAUCAGAAUCACCGCAGAUACGUGCAGAGCCGUAGUGAUAAGCAAUUGAGAGAUCCUGGCAGCGAGCGUGAUACAAGCUCUUGCAAGCCUGAAGACAACUGGAAUGGGCAGCCAGUUGUUCCAUGUGGUUUGAUAGCAUGGAGUUUGUUUAAUGAUACCUACAACUUCACCCUUAACAAAAAGCAAGUCGCUAUUAAUAAGGUCGGUAUCUCAUGGAAGAGUGACCGGGAACACAAAUUCGGCAAGAAUGUAUUUCCCAAGAACUUUCAGAAAGGCAAUAUUACAGGAGGCAAAAAACUUAAUGAAAGUGUACCAUUAAGUCAACAAGAGGACCUUAUUGUGUGGAUGCGAACGGCUGCUCUCCCCACAUUCAGAAAGUUAUAUGGAAAGAUAGAAGUCGACCUUGAGAAGAAUGAUGUAAUUGAUGUGGUUUUGGAGAACAAUUACAACACUUACAGUUUUAAUGGCAAGAAAAAGCUUGUGCUUUCUACAACUAGCUGGCUUGGUGGGAAGAACGACUUUCUUGGCAUUGCUUAUCUUACUGUUGGUGGGUUAUGCUUCUUUUUGGCAAUGGCUUUCACAGUCGUCUAUCUUGUUAAGCCAAGGCGACUUGGGGACCCAUCAUAUCUGUCAUGGAAUAGAAACCCAAGUGGGCACUGAAGCAGGAGCUGCUAGAAAACGGUUUGUUGUAAUUUUAUUUGUAAUAUUAUUUUGAUGUGAUCAUAUAAAAAAACAAAGGAAAGAGCAGGAUGUUUGACAGAUUUGUUGUAAUGAAACUUCUGUUUUCCUUUUUAUAUGAAAUGUGGUGGUGUGAGUAUAUCAGAUUAUAGUGUAACUUCAAAUGCAGUAUCUCAUUAUGUUAA